UGCUAUCUCUAGAGCACGCGUGGAAAUGAUGUAACAGGAAGGCGAUGUGUUUGUCGCCAACGUACAAUACAAACCGUAACCCGUCAAAACAUUGACUUGUAGUUGUAACGCACGCUGAAAUUGCUCCAUGCCACAAUGUUUUUAGGUUGUGUCACUUCGCCGGAGGGUCGUCACCGGAAAAAUGUGAAAUAUCUCGUUCACGAUUUGAAACCUUUCGAGGAACACAUCCGACGUUUGUUCGAACUUGCUGCCGGCUGCCUUUCCCAAGAGGCAGAAGCCGAAGCCGAGUCAAAGCAGUCAACAGAUGCCUCAGAUGAAUCGAGAUGUGAUCCAACAUCGGCGCUCUUUCAGCACAAAACGCCGGUGCCUAUGAUGGGACGCCAGACCUACAGAAUGUGGAAAGCCACUCUGGAGCUCAGCACCGGAUUUGUAUUCAAGUCGAACCUUCUGGACAAACCGAAAACUCUCCACUUCUUUCCCUUAGAACACUUCCCACCGUCUGUCACUUCCGGGUUUCAGGUUCAGGGUUAUGAUCACCUUUUGCAGUACUUAGUGCAUUUCUUGCAGGUGUAUUUUCCUAAUUUGGAGGUCAUUUUGGAACCCCUGCACGAUGUCAAUACAGACUUGGAACUAAUCAGUAGAUAUCACAGCAAGACAAACAAAAAGCAGUUUUUGGUGACUGACUUGUAUGCAAAGCUGCACAAACUGACUGGAACCCAGAAAAAGGAUUUCAUCCUCGGAUUUACGUGGACAGACCUAUAUCCGAAGGAGGAGCUGAACUUUGUUCUUGGGGAGGCCUCGUUUCAGCACCGAUGUGCUGUACUCAGCUUUGGCCGUUACGAACCUCUCAGCUAUGAGGCCAGAGAUGGAGGUUGCAUGAUGGAGGAUGUUGAUGCAGAAAAUGAAAAUGAAGAGGAAUCCAUAGUUGUUGAUGGAGAUUUGCUGUGGAAACUUCUUAGGGUUGCCACCCAUGAGACUUCCCACUUGUUUGGCCUGAAUCACUGCGUCUUCUUCGAGUGUUCAAUGAACGAGAGCAAAUCUGUCUCGGAGGCCCUGGCCCAACCCCUCGUCCUGUGCCCGGUCUGUCUCCGAAAGAUGCAGCGCUUUCUGAAGUUUGACGUCUUGGCGCGAUACCGUGGUCUUCUGGGCACGUGCCAAACACUCCAAGAUGCUUAUCCCUCGGAUGGGUUAGCAAAGACUAUAGACUGGCUUCAGAGAUGCAUCGAGUUUCUCAGUUGACCACUAGAUGGGGCAUUCUUUUGCCGUAACUUUCUCUUCACUUUUUGGCUAGUUAGCUUGAUAUACCAACAUUCUCCACAGCGUUCAUUGGAAGAUGCCAAACACUGGUCAGCAGUUACUCCAAAGGGAGAUAUCGGGAGGAUGUAUCAUAACAGAGGACACUCUAAGUCUUGUUCAAAGACUAGAUUUGAGUUAUAUUCCCCAAAUUCAUGCAGCUGCAGCAGGCCCUGACCCGCGACAAGGGUGGCAAAGCUGUCGCUGAAUGUAGAGCCAGGGCUCUCACCAUAAUAAAUCGAUCCAUUAUUGGUAACUGUGUCACUGCUACCCAAAUAAUUUUAAGUAUAACCUAACUUGUGCUCAUUAGAUUGAAUAGUAUAGCACUCGUGGGGUAUGCUUAGAAUGUUUAGGGUGUAGCACCUCAGUUCCUCAUCCGUAAGACGUACUGGAUUUGAUUUGUCUUGUUGAUGGCCCCCCUCCAGCACUGAAUCAGCUUGACAACUGUUCCCAGGGACUAGCUUCAAUAGUCUAAUUAGCCUUGACCCUCUCCAGGGUAGUUUGGCUACCUUUCGCUGAACCCAGCAACAAGCAACACUUGUCAAAAUGACAAGCCUGCCCAGUGUAGCAAGACUUGGGUCAAAAUGCAGUCUUUGGCCACCAACUGCAGCACUCUGAGGAUGUACAACUGUGCCGGCAUUGUUCAAUAGGACUUGCUCUCAGUGUCUCAGAUAGUGGCCAUUCCGUUUUUAUGCACAUGGUGUUGAUAGCUGAAUGUAUCGAAAACAAAUGUUCCAUACUUUUACUGUGUUGCUUGUGGCAAAUAUUAAAAAAAAGUGUCAAGGUCUGAUAGAUCUUAAUUUAAGUGCAUUAUCUCUGUUUGUUGCAGGCUGCAGGGAUCCAAUAAAGUAUAAUUCCCUAA